AUGUUCAAUAAUUUUUGGGCAGUUGAACAUGUGUGCGGGAACAGGUGCGCAGGAACAGGUGCGCAGGAACAGCUGCGCAGGAACAGCUGCGCAGGAACAGCUGCGCAGGAACAGCUGCGCAGGAACAGCUGCGCAGGAACAGCUGCGCAGGAACAGCUGCGCAAAAACAGGUGCGCAAAAACAGGUGCGCAGGAACAGGUGCGCAGGAACAGGUGCGCAGGAACAGCUGCGCAGGAACAGCUGCGCAGGAACAGCUGCGCAGGAACAGCUGCGCAGGAACAGGUGCGCAGGAACAGGUGCGCAGAAACAGCUGCGCAGAAACAGCUGCGCAGGAACAGCCGGCAGAAACAGCUGCGCAGAAACAGCUGCGCAGAAACAGCUGCGCAGAAACAGCUUCGCAGAAACAGCUGCGCAGAAACAGCUGCGCAGGAACUGCUGCGCAGAAACAGCUGCGCAGAAACAGCUGCGCAGAAACAGCUGCGCAGGAACAGCUGCGCAGAAACAGCUGCGCAGAAACAGCUGCGCAGAAACAGCUGCGCAGGAACAGCUGCGCAGAAACAGCUGCGCAGAAACAGCUGCAAAGGAACAGCUGCGCAGAAACGGCUGCGCAGAAACGGCUGCGCAGAAACAGCUGCGCAGGAACAGCUGCGCAGAAACAGCUGCGCAGAAACAGCUGCGCAGAAACAGCUGCGCAGAAACAGCUGCGCAGAAACAGCUGCGCAGAAACAGCUGCGCAGGAACAGCUGCGCAGGAACAGCUGCGCAGGAGCAGCUGCGCAGGAACAGCUGCGCAGGAACAGCUGCGCAGGAACAGCUGCGCAGGAACAGGUGCGCAGGAACAGGUGCGCAGGAACAGCUGCGCAGGAACAGCUGCGCAGGAACAGGUGCGCAGGAACAGGUGCGCAGGAACAGGUGCGCAGGAACAGGUGCGCAGGAACAGGUGCGCAGGAACAGCUGCGCAGGAACAGGUGCGCAGGAACAGCUGCGCAGGAACAGCUGCGCAGGGACAGCUGCGCAGGAACAGGUGCGCAGGAACAGCUGCGCAGCAACAGCUGCGCAGCAACAGCUGCGCAGAAACAGCUGCGCAGAAACAGCUGCGCAGAAACAGCUGCGCAGAGACAGCUGCGCAGAGACAGCUGCGCAGAGACAGCUGCGCAGAGACAGCUGCGCAGAAACAGCUGCGCAGAAACAGCUGCGCAGGAACGGCUGCGCAGGAACGGCUGCGCAGAAACGGCUGCGCAGAAACGGCUGCGCAGAAACAGCUGCGCAGAAACAGCUGCGCAGGAACAGCUGCGCAGAAACAGCUGCGCAGAAACAGCUGCGCAGAAACAGCUGCGCAGAAACAGCUGCGCAGAAACAGCUGCGCAGAAACAGCUGCGCAGAAACAGCUGCGCAGAAACAGCUGCGCAGAAACAGCUGCGCAGGAACAGCUGCGCAGGAACAGCUGCGCAGGAACAGCUGCGCAGGAGCAGCUGCGCAAGAACAGCUGCGCAGGAACAGGUGCGCAGGAACAGGUGCGCAGGAACAGCUGCGCAGGAACAGCUGCGCAGGAACAGGUGCGCAGGAACAGCUGCGCAGGAACAGGUGCGCAGGAACAGGUGCGCAGGAACAGGUGCGCAGGAACAGGUGCGCAGGAACAGGUGCGCAGGAACAGCUGCGCAGGGACAGCUGCGCAGGGACAGCUGCGCAGGAACAGGUGCGCAGGAACAGCUGCGCAGCAACAGCUGCGCAGCAACAGCUGCGCAGAAACAGCUGCGCAGAAACAGCUGCGCAGAAACAGCUGCGCAGAAACAGCUGCGCAGAGACAGCUGCGCAGAGACAGCUGCGCAGAGACAGCUGCGCAGAGACAGCUGCGCAGAGACAGCUGCGCAGAAACAGCUGCGCAGAAACAGCUGCGCAGAAACAGCUGCGCAGAAACAGCUGCGCAGAAACAGCUGCGCAGAAACAGCUGCGCAGAAACAGAUGCGCAGAAACAGCUGCGCAGAAACAGCGGCGCAGAAACAGCGGCGCAGAAACACUCUAUAGCCUCCGGUUACAGGAGCGUACCUCCAUGUUCAAUGUUUUUUGGGCAGUUGAACAUCUGCGCGGAGACGGCUGCGCAGAAGCGGCUGCGCAGAAGCGGCUGCGCAGAAGCGGCUGCGCAGAAGCGGCUGCGCCGAAGCGGCUGCGCAGAAGCGGCUGCGCAGAAGCGGCUGCGCAGAAGCGGCUGCGCAGAAGCGGCUGCGCAGAAGCGGCUGCGCAGAAGCGGCUGCGAGAAGCGGCUGCGCAGAAGCGGCUGCGCAGAAACGGCUGCGCAGAAACGGCUGCGCAGAAACGGCUGCGCAGAAGCGGCUGCGCAGAAGCGGCUGCGCAGAAGCGGCUGCGCAGAAGCGGCUGCGCAGAAGCGGCUGCGCAGAAGCGGCUGCGCAGAAGCGGCUGCGCAGAUACGGCUGCGCGGAAGCGGCUGCGCGGAAGCGGCUGCGCGGAAGCGGCUGCGCGGAAGCGGCUGCGCGGAAACGGCUGCGCGGAAACGGCUGCGCGGAAACGGCUGCGCGGAAGCGGCUGCGCGGAAGCGGCUGCGCGGAAGCGGCUGCGCGGAAGCGGCUGCGCGGAAUCGGCUGCGCGGAAGCGGCUGCGCGGAAGCGGCUGCGCGGAAGCGGCUGCGCGGAAGCGGCUGCGCGGAAGCGGCUGCGCGGAAGCGGCUGCGCAGAAGCGGCUGCGCAGAAGCGGCUGCGCAGAAGUGGCUGCGCAGAAACGGCAGCGCAGAAGCGGCUGCGCAGAAGCGGCUGCGCAGAAGCGGCUGCGCAGAAGCGGCUGCGCAGAAGCGGCUGCGCAGAAGCGGCUGCGCAGAAACGGCAGCGCAGAAGCGGCAGCGCAGAAGCGGCUGCGCAGAAGCGGCUGCGCAGAAGCGGCUGCGCAGAAGCGGCUGCGCAGAAGCGGCUGCGCAGAAGCGGCUGCGCAGAAACGGCUGCGCAGAAGCGGCUGCGCAGAAGCGGCUGCGCAGAAGCGGCUGCGCAGAAGCGGCUGCGCAGAAGCGGCUGCGCAGGAGCGGCUGCGCAGGAGCGGCUGCGCAGGAGCGGCUGCGCAGGAGCGGCUGCGCAGGAGCGGCUGCGCAGGAGCGGCUGCGCAGGAGCGGCUGCGCAGGAGCGGCUGCGCAGGAGCGGCUGCGCAGGAGCGGCUGCGCAGGAGCGGCUGCGCAGGAGCGGCUGCGCAGGAGCGGCUGCGCAGGAGCGGCUGCGCAGGAGCGGCUGCGCAGGAGCGGCUGCGCAGGAGCGGCUGCGCAGGAGCGGCUGCGCAGGAGCGGCUGCGCAGGAGCGGCUGCGCAGGAGCGGCUGCGCAGGAGCGGCUGCGCAGGAGCGGCUGCGCAGAAGCGGCUGCGCAGAAGCGGCUGCGCAGAAGCGGCUGCGCAGAAGCGGCUGCGCAGAAGCGGCUGCGCAGAAGCGGCUGCGCAGAAGCGGCUGCGCAGGAACAGCUGCGCAGGAACAGCUGCGCAGGAACAGCUGCGCAGGAACAGCUGCGCAGGAACAGCUGCGCAGGAACAGCUGCGCAGAAGCGGCUGCGCAGAAGCGGCUGCGCAGAAACGGCUGCGCAGAAACGGCUGCGCAGAAACGGCUGCGCAGAAACGGCUGCGCAGAAGCGGCUGCGCAGAAGCGGCUGCGCAGAAACGGCUGCGCAGAAACGGCUGCGCAGAAACGGCUGCGCAGAAACGGCUGCGCAGAAACGGCUGCGCAGAAACGGCUGCGCAGAAGCGGCUGCGCAGAAGCGGCUGCGCAGAAGCGGCUGCGCAGAAGCGGCUGCGCAGGAACAGCUGCGCAGAAGCGGCUGCGCAGGAACGGCUGCGCAGGAGCGGCUGCGCAGGAACGGCUGCGCAGGAACGGCUGCGCAGGAACGGCUGCGCAGGAACGGCUGCGCAGGAACGGCUGCGCAGGAACGGCUGCGCAGGAACGGCUGUUCAGAAGCGGCUGCGCAGAAACGGCUGCGCAGUAACGGCUGCGCAGAAGCGGCUGCGCAGAAGCGGCUGCGCAGGAACAGCUGCGCAGGAACAGCUGCGCAGGAACAGCUGCGCAGGAACAGCUGCGCAGGAACAGCUGCGCAGGAACAGCUGCGCAGGAACAACUGCGCAGAAGCGGCUGCGCAGAAACGGCUGCGCAGAAACGGCUGCGCAGAAACGGCUGCGCAGAAACGGCUGCGCAGAAGCGGCUGCGCAGAAGCGGCUGCGCAGAAGCGGCUGCGCAGAAGCGGCUGCGCAGAAGCGGCUGCGCAGAAGCGGCUGCGCAGAAGCGGCUGCGCAGAAGCGGCUGCGCAGAAGCGGCUGCGCAGUAACGGCUGCGCAGAAGCGGCUGCGCAGAAGCGGCUGCGCAGGAACAGCUGCGCAGGAACAGCUGCGCAGGAACAGCUGCGCAGGAACAGCUGCGCAGGAACAGCUGCGCAGGAACAGCUGCGCAGGAACAGCUGCGCAGGAACAACUGCGCAGAAGCGGCUGCGCAGAAACGGCUGCGCAGAAACGGCUGCGCAGAAACGGCUGCGCAGAAGCGUCUGCGCAGAAGCGUCUGCGCAGAAGCGUCUGCGCAGAAGCGGCUGCGCAGAAGCGGCUGCGCAGAAGCGGCUGCGCAGAAGCGGCUGCGCAGAAGCGGCUGCGCAGAAGCGGCUGCGCAGAAGCGGCUGCGCAGAAACGGCUGCGCAGAAGCGGCUGCGCAGAAGCGGCUGCGCAGAAGCGGCUGCGCAGAAGCGGCUGCGCAGAAGCGUCUGCGCAGAAGCGUCUGCGCAGAAGCGGCUGCGCAGAAGCGGCUGCGCAGAAGCGGCUGCGCAGAAGCGGCUGCGCAGAAGCGGCUGCGCAGAAGCGGCUGCGCAGAAGCGGCUGCGCAGAAGCGGCUGCGCAGAAGCGGCUGCGCAGAAGCGUCUGCGCAGAAGCGUCUGCGCAGAAGCGUCUGCGCAGAAGCGUCUGCGCAGAAGCGUCUGCGCAGAAGCGUCUGCGCAGAAGCGUCUGCGCAGAAGCGUCUGCGCAGAAGCGUCUGCGCAGAAGCGUCUGCGCAGAAGCGGCUGCGCAGAAACGGCUGCGCAGAAACGGCUGCGCAGAAGCGGCUGCGCAGAAGCGGCUGCGCAGAAGCGGCUGCGCAGAAGCGGCUGCGCAGAAGCGGCUGCGCAGAAGCGGCUGCGCAGAAGCGGCUGCGUUGAAGCGGCUGCGCAGAAGCGGCUGCGCAGGAACGGCUGCGCAGGAACGGCUGCGCAGGAACGGCUGCGCAGGAACGGCUGCGCAGGAACGGCUGCGCAGAAACGGCUGCGCAGGAACGGCUGCGCAGAAACGGCUGCGCAGAAACAGCUGCGCAGGAACAGCUGCGCAGAAACAGCUGCGCAGAAACAGCUGCGCAGAAACAGCUGCGCAGAAACAGCUGCGCAGAAACAGCUUCGCAGAAACAGCUGCGCAGAAACAGCUUCGCAGAAACUGCUGCGCAGAAACAGCUGCGCAGGAACUGCUGCGCAGGAACAGCUGCGCAGAAACAGCUGCGCAGAAACAGCUGAGCAGGAACAGCUGCGCAGAAACGGCUGCGCAGGAACGGCUGCGCAGAAACGGCUGCGCAGAAACGGCUGCGCAGAAACGGCUGCGCAGAAACAGCUGCGCAGAAACAGCUGCGCAGAAACAGCUGCGCAGAAACAGCUGCGCAGAAACAGCUGCGCAGGAACAGCUGCGCAGGAGCAGCUGCGCAGGAGCAGCUGCGCAGGAACAGCUGCGCAGGAACAGCUGCGCAGGAACAGGUGCGCAGGAACAGGUGCGCAGGAACAGCUGCGCAGGAACAGCUGCGCAGGAACAGCUGCGCAGGAACAGGUGCGCAGGAACAGGUGCGCAGGAACAGGUGCGCAGGAACAGCUGCGCAGGAACAGGUGCGCAGGGACAGCUGCGCAGGGACAGCUGCGCAGGGACAGCUGCGCAGGAACAGGUGCGCAGGAACAGCUGCGCAGCAACAGCUGCGCAGCAACAGCUGCGCAGAGACAGCUGCGCAGAGACAGCUGCGCAGAGACAGCUGCGCAGAGACAGCUGCGCAGAGACAGCUGCGCAGAGACAGCUCCGCAGAGACAGCUGCGCAGAGACAGCUGCGCAGAAACAGCUGCGCAGAAACAGCUGCGCAGAAACAGCUGCGCAGAAACAGAUGCGCAGAAACAGCUGCGCAGAAACAGCUGCGCAGAAACAGCGGCGCAGAAACAGCGAAGCGGCUGCGCAGAAGCGGCUGCGCAGAAGCGGCUGCGCAGAAGCGGCUGCGCAGAAGCGGCUGCGCAGAAGCGGCUGCGCCGAAGCGGCUGCGCAGAAGCGGCUGCGCAGAAGCGGCUGCGCAGAAGCGGCUGCGCAGAAGCGGCUGCGCAGAAGCGGCUGCGCAGAAGCGGCUGCGCAGAAGCGGCUGCGCAGAAGCGGCUGCGCAGAAGCGGCUGCGCAGAAACGGCUGCGCAGAAACGGCUGCGCAGAAACGGCUGCGCAGAAGCGGCUGCGCAGAAGCGGCUGCGCAGAAGCGGCUGCGCAGAAGCGGCUGCGCAGAAGCGGCUGCGCAGAAGCGGCUGCGCAGAUACGGCUGCGCGGAAGCGGCUGCGCGGAAGCGGCUGCGCGGAAGCGGCUGCGCGGAAGCGGCUGCGCGGAAUCGGCUGCGCGGAAGCGGCUGCGCGGAAGCGGCUGCGCGGGAGCGGCUGCGCGGGAGCGGCUGCGCGGAAGCGGCUGCGCGGAAGCGGCUGCGCAGAAGCGGCUGCGCAGAAGCGGCUGCGCAGAAGCGGCUGCGCAGAAGCGACUGCGCAGAAGCGGCUGCGCAGAAGCGGCUGCGCAGAAACGGCAGCGCAGAAGCGGCUGCGCAGAAGCGGCUGCGCAGAAGCGGCUGCGCAGAAGCGGCUGCGCAGAAGCGGCUGCGCAGGAGCGGCUGCGCAGGAGCGGCUGCGCAGGAGCGGCUGCGCAGGAGCGGCUGCGCAGGAGCGGCUGCGCAGGAGCGGCUGCGCAGGAGCGGCUGCGCAGGAGCGGCUGCACAGGAGCGGCUGCGCAGGAGCGGCUGCGCAGGAGCGGCUGCGCAGGAGCGGCUGCGCAGGAGCGGCUGCGCAGGAGCGGCUGCGCAGAAGCGGCUGCGCAGAAGCGGCUGCGCUGAAGCGGCUGCGCAGAAGCGGCUGCGCAGAAGCGGCUGCGCAGAAGCGGCUGCGCAGAAGCGGCUGCGCAGAAGCGGCUGCGCAGAAGCGGCUGCGCAGAAGCGGCUGCGCAGAAGCGGCUGCGCAGGAACAGCUGCGCAGGAACAGCUGCGCAGGAACAGCUGCGCAGGAACAGCUGCGCAGGAACAGCUGCGCAGAAGCGGCUGCGCAGAAACGGCUGCGCAGUAACGGCUGCGCAGAAGCGGCUGCGCAGAAGCGGCUGCGCAGAAGCGGCUGCGCAGCAGCGGCUGCGCAGAAGCGGCUGCGCAGAAGCGGCUGCGCAGAAACGGCUGCGCAGAAACGGCUGCGCAGGAACGGCUGCGCAGAAACGGCUGCGCAGAAACGGCUGCGCAGAAGCGGCUGCGCAGAAGCGGCUGCGCAGAAGCGGCUGCGCAGAAGCGGCUGCGCAGGAACAGCUGCGCAGGAGCGGCUGCGCAGGAACGGCUGCGCAGGAACGGCUGCGCAGGAACGGCUGCGCAGGAACGGCUGCAAGCGGCUGCGCAGGAACAGCUGCGCAGGAACAGCUGCGCAGGAACAGCUGCGCAGGAACAGCUGCGCAGGAACAGCUGCGCAGGAACAGCUGCGCAGAAGCGGCUGCGCAGAAGCGGCUGCGCAGAAACGGCUGCGCAGUAACGGCUGCGCAGAAACGGCUGCGCAGAAGCGGCUGCGCAGAAGCGGCUGCGCAGAAGCGGCUGCGCAGAAGCGGCUGCGCAGAAGCGGCUGCGCAGAAGCGGCUGCGCAGAAGCGGCUGCGCAGAAGCGGCUGCGCAGAAGCGGCUGCGCAGAAGCGGCUGCGCAGAAACGGCUGCGCAGAAGCGGCUGCGCAGAAGCGUCUGCGCAGAAGCGUCUGCGCAGAAGCGUCUGCGCAGAAGCGUCUGCGCAGAAGCGUCUGCGCAGAAGCGUCUGCGCAGAAGCGUCUGCGCAGAAGCGGCUGCGCAGAAGCGGCUGCGCAGAAGCGGCUGCGCAGAAGCGGCUGCGCAGAAACGGCUGCGCAGAAGCGGCUGCGCAGAAGCGGCUGCGCAGAAGCGGCUGCGCAGAAGCGGCUGCGCAGAAGCGGCUGCGCAGAAGCGGCUGCGCAGAAACGGCUGCGCAGAAACGGCUGCGCAGAAGCGUCUGCGCAGAAGCGUCUGCGCAGAAGCGUCUGCGCAGAAGCGGCUGCGCAGAAGCGGCUGCGCAGAAGCGGCUGCGCAGAAGCGGCCGCGCAGAAGCGGCCGCGCAGAAGCGGCCGCGCAGAAGCGUCCGCGCAGAAGCGUCCGCGCAGAAGCGUCCGCGCAGAAGCGUCCGCGCAGAAGCGUCCGCGCAGAAGCGUCCGCGCAGAAGCGUCCGCGCAGAAGCGGCUGCGCAGAAGCGGCUGCGCAGAAGCGGCUGCGCAGAAGCGGCUGCGCGGGAACGGCUGCGCGGGAACGGCUGCGCGGGAACGGCUGCGCGGGAACGGCUGCGCGGGAACGGCUGCGCGGGAACGGCUGCGCGGGAACGGCUGCGCGGGAACGGCUGCGCGGGAACGGCUGCGCGGGAUCGGCUUCGCGGGAACGGCUGCGCGGGAACGUCUGCGCAGGAACGGCUGCGCAGGAACGGCUGCGCAGGAACGGCUGCGCAGGAACGGCUGCGCAGGAACGGCUGCGCAGGAACGGCUGCGCAGGAACGGCUGCGCAGUAACGGCUGCGCAGAAACGGCUGCGCAGAAACGGCUGCGCAGAAACGGCUGCGCAGAAGCGGCUGCGCAGAAGCGGCUGCGCAGAAGCGGCUGCGCAGAAGCGGCUGCGCAGAAGCGGCUGCGCAGAAGCGGCUGCGCAGAAGCGGCUGCGCAGAAACGGCUGCGCAGUAACGGCUGCGCAGAAACGGCUGCGCAGAAACGGCUGCGCAGAAACGGUUGCGCAGAAACGGCUGCGCAGAAGCGGCUGCGCAGAAGCGGCUGCGCAGAAGCGGCUGCGCAGAAGCGGCUGCGCAGAAGCGGCUGCGCAGAAACGGCUGCGCAGAAACGGCUGCGCAGAAGCGGCUGCGCAGAAGCGGCUGCGCAGAAACGGCUGCGCAGAAACGGCUGCGCAGAAACGGCUGCGCAGAAACGGCUGCGCAGAAACGGCUGCGCAGAAACGGCUGCGCAGAAGCGCCUGCGCAGAAGCGGCUGCGCAGAAGCGGCUGGGCAGAAGCGGCUGCGCAGAAGCGGCUGCGCAGAAGCGGCUGCGCAGAAGCGGCUGCGCAGGAACUGCUGCGCAGGAACGGCUGCGCAGAAACGGCUGCGCAGGAACGGCUGCGCAGGAACGGCUGCGCAGGAACGGCUGCGCAGGAACGGCUGCGCAGAAACGGCUGCGCGGUAACGGCUGCGCAGAAGCGGCUGCGCAGAAGCGGCUGCGCAGAAGCGGCUGCGCAGAAGCGGCUGCGCAGAAGCGGCUGCGCAGAAACCGCUGCGCAGUAACGGCUGCGCAGAAACGGCUGCGCAGAAACGGCUGCGCAGAAGCGGCUGCGCAGAAGCGGCUGCGCAGAAGCGGCUGCGCAGAAGCGGCUGCGCAGAAGCGGCUGCGCAGAAACGGCUGCGCAGAAACGGCUGCGCAGAAACGGCUGCGCAGAAGCGGCUGCGCAGAAGCGGCUGCGCAGAAGCGGCUGCGCAGAAGCGGCUGCGCAGGAACAGCUGCGCAGGAACAGCUGCGCAGGAACAGCUGCGCAGGAACAGCUGCGCAGGAACAGCUGCGCAGGAACAGCUGCGCAGGAACAGCUGCGCAGAAGCGGCUGCGCAGAAGCGGCUGCGCAGAAGCGGCUGCGCAGAAGCGGCUGCGCAGAAGCGGCUGCGCAGAAGCGUCUGCGCAGAAGCGUCUGCGCAGAAGCGUCUGCGCAGAAACGGCUGCGCAGAAACGGCUGCGCAGAAACGGCUGCGCAGAAACGGCUGCGCAGAAGCGGCUGCGCAGAAGCGGCUGCGCAGAAGCGGCUGCGCAGAAGCGGCUGCGCAGAAGCGGCUGCGCAGAAGCGGCUGCGCAGAAGCGGCUGCGCAGAAGCGGCUGCGCAGAAGCGGCUGCUCAGAAGCGGCUGCGCAGAAGCGGCUGCGCAGAAGCGGCUGCGCAGAAGCGGCUGCGCAGUAACGGCUGCGCAGAAACGGCUGCGCAGAAACGGCUGCGCAGAAGCGGCUGCGCAGAAGCGGCUGCGCAGAAGCGGCUGCGCAGAAGCGGCUGCGCAGAAGCGGCUGCGCAGAAGCGGCUGCGCAGAAGCGGCUGCGCAGGAACAGCUGCGCAGGAACAGCUGCGCAGGAACAGCUGCGCAGGAACAGCUGCGCAGGAACAGCUGCGCAGAAGCGGCUGCGCAGAAGCGGCUGCGCAGAAGCGGCUGCGCAGAAGCGGCUGCGCAGAAGCGGCUGCGCAGAAGCGUCUGCGCAGAAGCGUCUGCGCAGAAGCGUCUGCGCAGAAACGGCUGCGCAGAAGCGGCUGCGCAGAAGCGGCUGCGCAGAAGCGGCUGCGCAGAAGCGGCUGCGCAGAAGCGGCUGCGCAGAAGCGGCUGCGCAGAAGCGGCUGCGCAGAAGCGGCUGCGCAGAAGCGGCUGCGCAGAAGCGGCUGCGCAGGAACGGCUGCGCAGGAACGGCUGCGCAGGAACGGCUGCGCAGGAACGGCUGCGCAGGAUCGGCUGCGCAGGAACGGCUGCGCAGGAACGGCUGCGCAGGAACGGCUGCGCAGGAGCGGCUGCGCAGAAGCGGCUGCGCAGAAACGGCUGCGCAGUAACGGCUGCGCAGAAACGGCUGCGCAGAAACGGCUGCGCAGAAACGGCUGCGCAGAAGCGGCUGCGCAGAAGCGGCUGCGCAGAAGCGGCUGCGCAGAAGCGUCUGCGCAGAAGCGUCUGCGCAGAAGCGUCUGCGCAGAAGCGUCUGCGCAGAAGCGUCUGCGCAGAAGCGUCUGCGCAGAAGCGUCUGCGCAGAAGCGGCUGCGCAGAAGCGGCUGCGCAGAAGCGGCUGCGCAGAAGCGGGCUGCGCAGAAACGGCUGCGCAGAAACGGCUGCGCAGAAGCGGCUGCGCAGAAGCGGCUGCGCAGAAGCGGCUGCGCAGAAGCGGCUGCGCAGAAGCGGCUGCGCAGAAGCGUGCUGCGCAGGAACGGCUGCGCAGGAACGGCUGCGCAGGAACGGGCUGCGCAGGAUCGGCUGCGCAGGAACGGCUGCGCAGGAACGGCUGCGCAGGAACGGCUGCGCAGGAACGGCUGCGCAGGAACGGCUGCGCAGAACGGCUGCGCAGAAGCGGCUGCGCAGAAGCGGCUGCGCAGAAGCGGCUGCGCAGAAGCGGCUGCGCAGAAGCGGCUGCGCAGAAGCGGACUGCGCAGAAGCGGCUGCGCAGAAGCGGCUGCGCAAAACGGCUGCGCAGAAACGGCUGCGCAGAAACGGCUGCGCAGAAGCGGCGGCGCAGAAGCGGCUGCGCAGAAGCGGCUGCGCAGAAGCGGCUGCGCAGAAGCGGCUGCGCAGAAGCGGCUGCGCAGAAGCGAGCUGCGCAGGAACGGCUGCGCAGGAACGGCUGCGCAGGAACGGCUGCGCAGGAACGGCUGCGCAGGAACGGCUGCGCAGAAGCGGCUGCGCAGAAGCGGCUGCGCAGAAGCGUCUGCGCAGAAGCGUCUGCGCAGAAGCGUCUGCGCAGAAGCGUCUGCGCAGAAGCGGCUGCGCAGAAGCGGCUGCGCAGAAGCGGCUGCGCAGAAGCGGCUGCGCAGAAGCGGCUGCGCAGAAGCGGCUGCGCAGAAGCGGCUGCGCAGAAGCGGCUGCGCAGAAGCGGCUGCGCAGAAGCGGCUGCGCAGGAACGGCUGCGCAGGAACGGCUGCGCAGGAACGGCUGCGCAGGAACGGCUGCGCAGGAACGGCUGCGCAGGAACGGCUGCGCAGGAACGGCUGCGCAGGAACGGCUGCGCAGGAACGGCUGCGCAGGAACGGCUGCGCAGAAGCGGCUGCGCAGAAGCGGCUGCGCAGAAGCGGCUGCCCAGAAGCGGCUGCCCAGAAGCGGCUGCCCAGAAGCGGCUGCGCAGAAGCGGCUGCGCAGAAGCGGCUGCGCAGAAGCGGCUGCGCAGAAGCGGCUGCGCAGAAGCGGCUGCGCAGAAGCGGCUGCGCAGAAACGGCUGCGCAGAAGCGGCUGCGCAGAAGCGGCUGCGCAGAAGCGGCUGCGCAGAAGCGGCUGCGCAGAAGCGGCUGCGCAGAAGCGGCUGCGCAGGAACGGCUGCGCAGGAACGGCUGCGCAGGAACGGCUGCGCAGGACGGCUGCGCAGGAAGCGGCUGCGCAGAAGCGGCUGCGCAGAAGCGGCUGCGCAGAAGCGGCUGCGCAGGAGCAGCUGCGCAGGAGCAGCUGCGCAGGAACAGCUGCGCAGGAACAGCUGCGCAGGAACAGCUGCGCAGGAACAGCUGCGCAGGAACAGCUGCGCAGAAGCGGCUGCGCAGAAGCGGCUGCGCAGAAGCGGCUGCGCAGAAGCGGCUGCGCAGAAGCGGCUGCGCAGAAGCGGCUGCGCAGAAGCGGCUGCGCAGAAGCGGCUGCGCAGAAGCGGCUGCGCAGAAGCGGCUGCGCAGAGGCGGCUGCGCAGUGGCGGCUGCGCAGAGGCGGCUGCGCAGAGGCGGCUGCGCAGAGGCGGCUGCGCAGAGGCGGCUGCGCAGAGGCGGCUGCGCAGAGGCGGCUGCGCAGAGGCGGCUGCGCGGAAGCGGCUGCGCGGAAGCGGCUGCGCGGAAGCGGCUGCGCGGAAGCGGCUGCGCGGAAGCGGCUGCGCGGAAGCGGCUGCGCGGAAGCGGCUGCGCGGAAGCGGCUGCGCGAAAGCGGCUGCGCGGAAGCGGCUGCGCGGAAGCGGCUGCGCAGGAACGGCUGCGCAGGAACGGCUGCGCAGGAACGGCUGCGCAGGAACGGCUGCGCAGGAACGGCUGCGCAGGAACGGCUGCGCAGGAACGGCUGCGCAGAAGCGGCUGCGCAGAAGCGGCUGCGCAGAAGCGGCUGCGCAGAAGCGGCUGCCCAGAAGCGGCUGCGCAGAAGCGGCUGCGCAGAAGCGGCUGCGCAGAAGCGGCUGCGCAGAAGCGGCUGCGCAGAAGCGGCUGCGCAGAAGCGGCUGCGCAGAAGCGGCUGCGCAGAAGCGGCUGCGCAGAAGCGGCUGCGCAGAAGCGGCUGCGCAGAAGCGGCUGCGCAGAAGCGGCUGCGCAGGAACGGCUGCGCAGGAACGGCUGCGCAGGAACGGCUGCGCAGGAACGGCUGCGCAGGACCGGCUGCGCAGGACCGGCUGCGCAGAAGCGGCUGCGCAGAAGCGGCUGCGCAGAAGCGGCUGCGCAGAAGCGGCUGCGCAGGAGCAGCUGCGCAGGAACAGCUGCGCAGGAACAGCUGCGCAGGAACAGCUGCGCAGGAACAGCUGCGCAGAAGCGGCUGCGCAGAAGCGGCUGCGCAGAAGCGGCUGCGCAGAAGCGGCUGCGCAGAAGCGGCUGCGCAGAAGCGGCUGCGCAGAAGCGGCUGCGCAGAAGCGGCUGCGCAGAGGCGGCUGCGCAGUGGCGGCUGCGCAGAGGCGGCUGCGCAGAGGCGGCUGCGCAGAGGCGGCUGCGCAGAGGCGGCUGCGCAGAGGCGGCUGCGCAGAGGCGGCUGCGCAGAGGCGGCUGCGCAGAGGCGGCUGCGCAGAGGCGGCUGCGCGGAGGCGGCUGCGCGGAAGCGGCUGCGCGGAAGCGGCUGCGCGGAAGCGGCUGCGCGGAAGCGGCUGCGCGGAAGCGGCUGCGCGGAAGCGGCUGCGCGGAAGCGGCUGCGCGGAAGCGGCUGCGCGGAAGCGGCUGCGCAGGAACGGCUGCGCAGAAGCGGCUGCGCAGUAACGGCUGCGCAGAAACGGCUGCGCAGAAACGGCUGCGCAGAAACGGCUGCGCAGAAGCGGCUGCGCAGAAGCGGCUGCGCAGUAGCGGCUGCGCAGAAGCGGCUGCGCAGGAACGGCUGCGCAGGAACGGCUGCGCAGGAACGGCUGCGCAGGAACGGCUGCGCAGGAACGGCUGCGCAGGAACGGCUGCGCAGAAGCGGCUGCGCAGAAGCGGCUGCGCAGAAGCGGCUGCGCAGAAGCGGCUGCGCAGAAGCGGCUGCGCAGAAGCGGCUGCGCAGAAGCGGCUGCGCAGAAGCGGCUGCGCAGAAGCGGCUGCGCAGAAGCGGCUGCGCAGAAGCGGCUGCGCAGAAGCGGCUGCGCAGAAACGGCUGCGCAGAAACGGCUGCGCAGAAGCGGCUGCGCAGAAGCGGCUGCGCAGAAGCGGCUGCGCAGAAGCGGCUGCGCAGGAACGGCUGCGCAGAAGCGGCUGCGCAGAAGCGGCUGCGCAGGAACAGCUGCGCAGGAACAGCUGCGCAGGAACAGCUGCGCAGGAACAGCUGCGCAGGAACAGCUGCGCAGAAGCGGCUGCGCAGAAGCGGCUGCGCAGAAGCGGCUGCGCAGAAGCGGCUGCGCAGAAGCGGCUGCGCAGAAGCGGCUGCGCAGAAGCGGCUGCGCAGAAGCGGCUGCGCAGAAGCGGCUGCGCAGUGGCGGCUGCGCAGUGGCGGCUGCGCAGUGGCGGCUGCGCAGUGGCGGCUGCGCAGAAGCGGCUGCGCAGAAGCGGCUGCGCAGAAGCGGCUGCGCAGAAGCGGCUGCGCAGAAGCGGCUGCGCAGAAGCGGCUGCGCAGAAGCGGCUGCGCAGAAGCGGCUGCGCAGAAGCGGCUGCGCAGAAGCGGCUGCGCAGAAGCGGCUGCGCAGAAGCGGCUGCGCAGAAGCGGCUGCGCAGAAGCGGCUGCGCAGAAGCGGCUGCGCAGAAACGGCUGCGCAGAAGCGGCUGCGCAGAAGCGGCUGCGCAGAAGCGGCUGCGCAGAAGCGGCUGCGCAGUAACGGCUGCGCAGAAGCGGCUGCGCAGAAACGGCUGCGCAGAAACGGCUGCGCGGAAACGGCUGCGCGGAAACGGCUGCGCGGAAGCGGCUGCGCGGAAGCGGCUGCGCGGAAGCGGCUGCGCAGGAACGGCUGCGCAGGAACGGCUGCGCAGGAACGGCUGCGCAGGAUCGGCUUCGCAGGAACGGCUGCGCAGGAACGUCUGCGCAGGAACGUCUGCGCAGGAACGGCUGCGCAGGAACGGCUGCGCAGGAACGGCUGCGCAGGAACGGCUGCGCAGGAACGGCUGCGCAGGAACGGCUGCGCAGGAACGGCUGCGCAGGAGCGGCUGCGCAGGAGCGGCUGCGCAGAAACGGCUGCGCAGUAACGGCUGCGCAGAAACGGCUGCGCAGAAACGGCUGCGCAGAAACGGCUGCGCAGAAGCGGCUGCGCAGAAGCGGCUGCGCAGAAGCGGCUGCGCAGAAGCGGCUGCGCAGAAGCGGCUGCGCAGAAACGGCUGCGCAAAACGGCUGCGCAGAAGCGGCUGCGCAGAAGCGGCUGCGCAGAAGCGGCUGCGCAGAAACGGCUGCGCAGAAACGGCUGCGCAGAAACGGCUGCGCAGAAGCGGCUGCGCAGAAGCGGCUGCGCAGAAGCGGCUGCGCAGAAGCGGCUGCGCAGAAGCGGCUGCGCAGAAGCGGCUGCGCAGAAACGGCUGCGCAGAAGCGGCUGCGCAGAAGCGGCUGCGCAGGAACAGCUGCGCAGGGACAGCUGCGCAGGAACAGCUGCGCAGGAACAGCUGCGCAGGAACAGCUGCGCAGGAACAGCUGCGCAGAAGCGGCUGCGCAGAAGCGGCUGCGCAGAAGCGGCUGCGCAGAAGCGGCUGCGCAGAAGCGGCUGCGCAGAAGCGGAUGCGCAGAAGCGGCUGCGCAGAAGCGGCUGCGCAGAAGCGGCUGCGCAGAAGCGUCUGCGCAGAAGCGUCUGCGCAGAAGCGUCUGCGCAGAAACGGCUGCGCAGAAGCGGCUGCGCAGAAGCGGCUGCGCAGAAGCGGCUGCGCAGAAGCGGCUGCGCAGAAGCGGCUGCGCAGAAGCGGCUGCGCAGAAGCGGCUGCGCAGAAGCGGCUGCGCAGGAACGGCUGCGCAGGAACGGCUGCGCAGGAACGGCUGCGCAGUAACGGCUGCGCAGAAACGGCUGCGCAGAAGCGUCUGCGCAGAAGCGUCUGCGCAGAAGCGUCUGCGCAGAAGCGUCUGCGCAGAAGCGGCUGCGCAGAAGCGGCUGCGCAGAAGCGGCUGCGCAGAAGCGGCUGCGCAGAAGCGGCUGCGCAGAAGCGGCAGCGCAGAAGCGGCAGCGCAGAAGCGGCAGCGCAGAAGCGGCUGCGCAGAUGCGGCUGCGCAGAAGCGGCUGCGCAGGAGCGGCUGCGCAGGAGCGGCUGCGCAGGAGCGGCUGCGCAGGAGCGGCUGCGCAGGAGCGGCUGCGCAGGAGCGGCUGCGCAGGAGCGGCUGCGCAGGAGCGGCUGCGCAGGAGCGGCUGCGCAGGAGCGGCUGCGCAGGAGCGGCUGCGCAGGAAUGUGA